AUGGCGCCGCCAAGCCGCUGGUAUUUUACCCGGGAGCAGCUAGAGCGCAGCCCAUCCCGCCGCGCCGGCCUGGACGCGGAUAAAGAGCUCUCGAACCGGCAGCAGGCGGCCAACCUUCUGCAGGACAUGGGUCAGAGGCUCAACGUGUCUCAAUUGACCAUCAACACGGCUAUUGUUUAUAUGCAUCGUUUUUACAUGGUCCAGUCUUUCACACGAUUCCAUCGUAAUUCUGUAGCACCAGCUGCACUCUUCUUGGCAGCAAAAGUAGAGGAACAGCCUCGGAAGUUGGAACAUGUAAUUAAGGUAGCACAUGCAUGUCUGAAUCCACAGGAUACAGCUCCUGAUACCCGAAGUGAGGCAUACCUGCAACAAGCCCAAGACCUGGUCAUUCUAGAGAGCAUUAUACUGCAGACCCUGGGAUUUGAGAUUACGAUAGACCAUCCUCAUACCCAUGUUGUGAAAUGCACUCAGCUAGUCCGAGCGAGCAAGGAUUUGGCACAGACAUCUUACUUCAUGGCAACAAACAGCCUGCAUUUAACCACCUUCAGCCUUCAGUAUACACCCCCAGUUGUGGCAUGUGUCUGCAUUCACCUGGCCUGUAAGUGGUCGAACUGGGAGAUCCCUGUAUCAACAGAUGGAAAACCAUGGUGGGAGUAUGUGGACGUAACUGUUACUUUAAAACUUUUGGACGAGCUGACUCAUGAGUUUCUUCAGAUUCUUGAAAAAACUCCCAAUCGUUUAAAGCGGAUCAGAAACUGGAGGAUCAGUCAGGCAGCUAGGAAACCAAAAGAGGAUGGCUGUGAAGAUGAUGAUGACAACAGUCUCAAUGAACAGACAAUUCUUAGGAUGAUCUCUCGAACAGGUGUCAUGAACAGCUCCCCUUUUUCAGAUUCCUCUUUGCAGCCUUUUUCUGUAACAAAGGGGGAUGCUGGAAUGUCAGGUGGACAGUGGGGGGCCCCACUACUUAAUCAGCGAGAGCAACACAGGACUAGUGAACAUAGUGUUUCUUCAGAACAGUCUCAACUAAUUAGCACCAAGCCAGUUUCACUGGCAAAAGUGUCGCUUAAGGAGUAUCGUGCAAAGCAUGCAGAGGAGUUGGCUGCGCAGAAGCGGCAGUUGGAGCACAUGGGUGCAAGUUUGAAAGAACAGUAUGCAUGUGCUGCUCAGAGUUUGCUGAUACAGCAACAGAAAGAACGUGAAAGGGAGGUAAACACCUCCCCAAUCAUCUUGAAGAUUCCUUUGCAUGAGGUAAGCCAUGAGCGACAAGAGAAAUCAAGCUUGAAGCUCCGUCUUUCUGUGUCAAGCCGUGAAAAGCAUGAAGAGGGUAAGAUUCGUAUCAAAGUGCCAAAUGAGGAGGGUGGAGGCAGCAGCAGCAAAAGCCGUGAUAAACGUAGCUCUUCAUCCUCACAUCAUCACCACCAUCACCAUAACAACCAGUCUGUCCGCCAGCACCACCAGGAAACAUCUAGCAGCUCAAGCAGUAAAAGAUCGUCUACUCCUCUAGUGGGCUCCUCCCACAAAUCAUCAGUCCCUUCCCGUAAAAGACCAGCAUCAGAUGAAAUAAGUGGGCAUGAACCUACUUCCCACAAAAGCAAAAAAUAAUUAAAAAAAAUAAUUGUUGGAAGUAAGGCAGUGGAAUGUCUCAGGAAUAGAAGCUAUAUCAGUAAUGGAUGGGCUGCUAUCUGUCUUGUGAAGGCGUGUCACGACUUCUGGUCCUUAAUAAGCACCCUAGGAGAGGGUGAUGGGAGAUAAACAGCUGAAAAGCCUCAAGCUGCUUAUACACAAGUAAUAUGGUGCUGAGUCAAAUACUGGGGCAUGACGCUUGUUUAGCGUGUUCUCUGCUGUAAGCUUACAGAGCCCAGAAAAGGUCUUUGUCAAAACUGGUGUGACAAAGGCAUAAGAACAAUUACAGCAAGGGCUUUUUAAUACAGCUUGAAUGUCAUAACUGAAUUUUUUAUUCCUGCCAAGAGAUGUUUGAUAUCUUGCUAAGAACACAUUUCUAACUAUUUAUCCAUCUCAUUGAAUAAAUGUUAAAGCUGAAUAACAA